AAGACAUCGUCCCCACUUUGGUGGUGAACGCCGUUAAGGCGUCUUCGAAGUCACGUAGUCUUAACAUCUCCCGCUCAUUUAUGCGUGUUUCUACAAUAAAUGUCUCCUAACUGAGCAAUAAAAGAAUCUCCAGACAUCGAUUUUGAAAAUGCCAAUUGGUUAUUCCCUAAGAUUAUAAAAUCGCUUUUCUAUUCACCUGGGCCUAACCCCAUUUAUCUGAAUUCCAGGUAGCCGACACGGAGGAUGGUGGCGUCUCAGAACGACGGGGGCAGAAGCGGAGGUGGCGGCGGCGACGUCGGUGACGACGCGUCGGUCUACACGGUUUCCGUGAGUGGCGUGGGCUACAGAAACGAGGGCUACAAAGAGGACGGCACCGACGGCAUCCCGCCCGAGCCCACGAAGCCGCCUCAGCUCCCGGUCCCCGACGACGACACGCAAUCCCGGAAGUGCAAAUUGACCAGGGGAGAGAAAUGGCGUAUCCUGAAAAAUAUCGGGACGGUCUCGGUAGCGUUUAUGGUGCAGUUCACCGCGUUCCAGGGAACCGCCAACCUGCAGUCCUCUAUCAACGCCAGCGACGGCCUGGGGACGGUUUCCUUGUCCGCCAUUUACGCCGCCCUCGUGUUGUCCUGCAUCUUCGUGCCCACCUUCGUCAUUAAGAGGCUCACCGUGAAAUGGACGCUAUGCGUCUCCAUGCUGUGCUAUGCGCCUUACAUUGGGGCCCAAUUCUACCCCAAGUUCUACACUCUGGUGCCUGCCGGAGUCUUGUUGGGUUUGGGUGCUGCCCCGAUGUGGGCGGCCAAAGCCACCUAUCUGACACAGGUUGGAGGCGUCUACGCCAAGCUGACCGAUCAGCCCGCCGACGCCAUCGUAGUCAGGUUCUUCGGGUUCUUCUUCCUUGCUUGGCAGACUGCCGAACUUUGGGGCAACCUCAUCUCGUCGCUGGUGCUCAGCGAGGGAGAGUUUGGAAGUGAUGGAGGGAGUAAUACGACGAAUGAAGACAAAAUCAGACGUUGCGGGGCUAAUUUCUGCAUUUUCGGAAACGGAGCUCACGAAACUCUCAGCAGGCCACCAGAUUCCGAGAUUUACGAAAUCUCUGCAAUCUAUUUGUCCUGCGUAAUCGUCGCUGUCCUUAUCGUCGCACUUUUUGUGGACCCUCUAUCGAGGUGA